UAAUGGUCUCAUGCAGGAAGCAGAGCGAAGGCGGCGUUCACGGGCACGAGCGUAAGAAGUCGGCAGAGGAUGCUGCACGGUCGACGAGGUCAACGAGUAGGACGAUGAAGACAUGCAAUUAGAAUAAUGAAGACAAGAAAAGAUUCGUACCUUUCUCCGACACGGUUUGUGGGGUCCAACCUUUACUAAAUAACGUCAGUCCAAUGGUAACAUGGUUUCUGAAAGAUAGAGAGCCGAAGUAUUUCGGAAUGGUAACAGGUCACACAUCACUCCGUAAAGACUUAACUUCCACCAUGAUGCCGUGAACGUUAUAAAGGUAUGAGCGUUGCGACAGCCUGCUAGUGACUAACAACUAUUUCUGGCAGCGGCUUGCUCACUGGCACAGCACAUUUCUCCUUCAUCAACCACGAUGUCGCCCAACUCCACGGAUCCGAUGUGGGGGCCGGGACUCAUUGGAUUCAUCAUAGCUACAACGUUCUACGGGAUAGCUUUCGGACAGUAUAUCUUCUACGUGCGAUGGUUCCCGCAAGAUUCAAGAAAGCUCAAAUUAUUUAUAAUGAUGGUCUUUUGUUUCGAAACAAUACACCAAUACGCGAUAGUAGGGAUGUACUGGUCUAUCCUGAUUUCGUGUCGUCGUAGCACAUCCCUCGAGUGCGCCGCUCAACUUCCGUGGCAGAUGCUGCUUGUUGUACUUCUGGGAUAUUGGAUCGCUUUCGCCGUUCAGUGUUUUUAUGCAUACAGGGUGUGGAUCAUCACGGCACAAAAUCGCUUGAUCACAGGCAUUGUUUGUGCGCUCGCCACUCUAGCAUUCGUGUGUGGCAUGAGUUACGGUAAUCCUUCAUGUCCAAUGUCCAAUGUUCUGAUUGUCGUCGUCUUCGUCUCUAGUCUUGAGCGGCACACUAUUCUUCACGAGAAGGCUUGAAGAUCUAAUCCAUACGAAGUGGCCACAAUUAGCGUCUGUCGCCAGUGCAUUAGGUGAUGCUGUCAUUACAUGGACGAUCUGGUGGUUUUUGCGACCGGCGCGAACAGACAACGUUCGGUCAAGGUCGAGGAGUUAUCUCAACGAGUUGAUGCGGGUUUUUAUUCAAAUGGGAUUAUUUUCCUU